AUGCUGAUGGGAAGGACGCCUGGCUUGAUGGCAGGCUUCUCUCUCGCCGUCAAGUCCAUCAAGUCCCUCGCGCCCCUCCUCGACCGCGUCCUCGUGCAGCGCAUAAAAGCCGAGGCCAAGACCGCCGGCGGCAUCUUCCUGCCCGAGAGCGCUGUGAAGGAGCUGAACGAGGCCAAGGUGCUCGCCGUCGGGCCUGGCGGGCUGGACAAGGAGGGAAAGCGCGUGCAGGUCAGCGUGCAGCCGGGCGACAAGGUGUUGAUUCCGCAGUACGGGGGCAGCCCGAUCAAGGUCGGCGAUGAGGAGUAUUCCCUUUUCCGGGAUCACGAGCUGCUUGCCAAGAUCAACGAGUAG